AACCUUCAUUUCAUCAUGAACAUGAAGUCCUCACAACACAACUAAAAUCUUGAAACCAUUCAAUGACUGGCCUCACCAUUAACAUGGCUAGUCUCACCAUUAACAACACAAUCACAAUCAAACACACCAAAUCCCAAAUUCACUCCAUCAUCAAAAUCCAAACACUUCCCAUUUUCACUCAAAAACCAUCCAAGAUUCUGACUUUUCAACACAACUCACUUUCAAGCAGCUCACUUUCCUCACCCAUUGAGUCCAUUGAUGAAAGUGAUGAUGACCCAACAUCAGAAACAAGUUAUCUUGACUCGGAUACCGACCCAGAAAGCAUAACAGAAUGGGAACUUGAUUUUUGUUCCAGGCCUAUUCUUGAUAUUAGAGGGAAAAAGAUAUGGGAACUUGUUGCUUGUGAUAGUUCUUUGUCUCUUCAAUAUACAAAGUAUUUUCCUAAUAAUGUUAUCAAUAGUAUCACUUUGAAAGAUGCUAUUGUCUCCAUUUGUGAUGAAUUGGAUGUGCCUUUGCCCGAAAAGAUUCGUUUCUUUAGGUCACAAAUGCAGACAAUUAUUACUAAAGCAUGUAAAGAGCUUGGUAUAAAACCGAUUCCUAGCAAACGGUGUUUAUCUCUCCUUCUUUGGCUGGAAGACCGCUAUGAAACCGUAUAUAAACGACAUCCUGGUUUCCAGAAAGGAUCCAAGCCACUCCUUGCCCUUGAUAACCCUUUUCCAAUGGAUCUUCCAGAUAGUUUGUAUGGAGAGAAAUGGGCUUUUGUUCAGUUACCCUUUUCAGAUGUUAAGAAGGAGCUAGCAUCACUAGAAAAAUCAUUUAGAUUUGGUGCAACUCUGGAUCUGGAUUUGUUGGGGAUUGAAAUCGAUGACAAGACGUUGAUUCCUGGACUGGCUGUGGCAUCUUCACGUGCGAGGCCAUUGGCAGCUUGGAUGAACGGCUUAGAAGUGUGUUCAGUGGAAGCUGACAUAGCUCGUGCUGAUUUAGUUCUAUCUGUUGGGAUUUCCACACGUUAUGUAUAUGCCUCCUACAAGAAAUCACCAGUGACUUCAAGUGAGGCUGAAGCAUGGGAAGCAGCAAAGAAAGAAAGUGGAGGUUUACAUUUUCUAGCUAUCCAAGAUAGCUUAGACUCGGAUGAUUGUGUCGGGUUUUGGCUUUUAUUGGACUUGCCACCUUCACCUGUGUAAAUAGAAUCGUUCAAACAUGCUACCGUCAACUUGUGUCAUUACAUGGCACAAGGAGUAAGCAUAAGGACUCCGAAGGGUUCAAUUUUAAAUCAGUCGGCCAAAUGUACUUUGAGAA